GUGGAUAGGGAGACCCGCAGCCUCAUGACCAUGGCGUGCAUCGGGGACGCGGACCCCUUCACCGCUGCGAUACCGGCCACCAAAGUGGAGCUGACGGUUUCCUGCAGGAACCUGCUGGAUAGAGACACUUUCUCCAAGUCUGAUCCAAUCUGUGUCCUGUACACUCAAGGAAUCGCCAACAGGGAAUGGAGAGAGUUCGGCAGGACGGAGGUCAUCGACAACACGCUCAACCCCGACUUCGUCCGCAAGUUCAUCCUGGACUACUUCUUCGAGGAGAGGCAGAACCUGCGCUUCGACCUGUACGAUCUGGACUGCAAGAGUGACAACCUCUCCAAACACGACUUCCUGGGUCAGGCCUUCUGCACGCUGGGGGAGAUCGUGGGGUCUCUGGGCAGCCGGCUGGAAAAACCUUUGAUCGGGAUUCCAGGGAGGAAAUGUGGAACCGUCAUCGUGAGAGCGGAGGAGCUGAGCAACUGCAGGGAGUCGGUGAUGCUCCAGUUCUGUGGAAACAAGCUGGACAAGAAGGACUUCUUUGGAAAGUCGGACCCCUUCCUCGUCUUUUACCGCAGUAAUGAAGACGGAUCGUACACAAUCUGCCACAAAACAGAGGUGGUGAAAAACACUCUGGAUCCAGUGUGGCAGGCUUUUAAAAUCCCCGUCCGGGCGCUGUGCAACGGAGACUACGACAGGAGCAUCAAGGUGGAGGUGUACGACUGGGACCGAGACGGAGGCCACGACUUCAUCGGACAGUUCAGCACCAGCUACAGAGAAAUGUGCAGGAGCCAGUCACAGUUCCACAUCUACGAGGUGUUAAAUCCAAAGAAGAAAGGGAAGAAGAAGAAGAAGUACCUGAACUCAGGAACGGUCACCCUGCUGUCCUGCCUGGUGGACACCGAGCUGUCCUUCCUGGACUACAUCAGAGGAGGGACUCAGAUUAAUUUCACGGUGGCAAUCGAUUUCACAGCAUCAAACGGGAACCCGUCGCAGCCCACCUCGCUGCACUACAUGAGUCCGUACCAGCUGAACGACUACGCCAUGGCGCUGCGGGCCGUCGGCGAGAUCAUCCAGGACUACGACAGCGACAAGAUGUUCCCCGCACUGGGCUUCGGCGCCAAGCUGCCGCCGGACGGACGCGUCUCGCAUGAGUUCGCCCUGAACGGGAACCCGCAGAACCCGUACUGUAACGGCAUCGAGGGAGUGAUGGAGGCUUAUUACCAGAGCCUGAAGUCUGUGCGGCUCUACGGACCCACACACUUCUCUCCUGUAAUUAACCAUGUGGCCAGAUACGCCUCGGCGGUGACGGACGGCUCGCAGUACUUCAUCCUGCUCAUCAUCUCUGACGGAGUCAUCACAGACAUGGCGCAGACCAAGGAGUCCAUCGUCAAUGCUGCAUCGCUGCCCAUGUCCAUCAUCAUCGUGGGAGUGGGACCAGCGGAGUUCGAUGAGAUGAUCGAGCUGGACGGGGAUGAAGAGCGGAUCUCCUCCCAGGGACGGUUUGCAGAGCGAGACAUCGUUCAGUUCGUACCUUUCAGAGAUUACAUCGACCGCAGAGGGAACCACAUCCUCAGCAUGGCUCGUCUGGCUAAAGAGGUCCUGGCUGAGAUCCCAGACCAGUUCCUGUCCUACAUGAGGACCCGGGGAAUCAAACCGGGGCCCCUGCCGCCUCCCUACACGCCCUGCCCCCCGCCGGCCAUCCACCCCCUCCUGGCCAGACGAGUGAGCCGGAUCUGAAGCCGGAG